AUGCUAAAUGAAUCCAAUUCAUAUCGAUCAAGCACUCUUAAACAGAAAAACUUAAAUGAUAAAUCUCGCAAAUUUCGCUGGUCGUCUUGCUUUUCAUUUGUUACUAGUAAAUUAGGAAGAAAAUCCAAUAAAUCAUCGUCAAACCAACAACUUAGACUGUCUCAAUCCUACGAGGAUUUUGAUACCAGGCAUAAUGACUUGUCAGAGACAAUUGAUGUUGCAAAAAUAAAAUCAUCAUCCUCGUCUUCUUCCUCCAUGAUCAUCUGGAACCAUCAAUAUCUUGUACAGCAGAAGCAACCCUCGCCUAUAAUGCCUCCUCCAUCGCUCUCUCCGCCGCCAAGACAAAUCAAAUCCAAAAGAGACAGCUACAACAACACUGCUUCAACUGCUACAACCACCAGUCGACGUCCUUUGAUAGACCCCACUUUGACACCACGAGUUAAGCCUAUAUCUAUUAAAACUAGAAAGCAGCCCUCUCUUUUACGUCUAUCAUUAGACGCUGAAUUAUUACAGUCUCCUGACGGCGAUAACGACAGCUUCAUCACAUUCAAAACUGGACAUUCAACAAGCAGCGCUUCAAUCACUCCAACAACUACACCUUCUGUGCCCUUUCGCAGUGGUACAUUGGGCGCCACUAAUAAUUCUAGGGCUAAUAGUAAUGCAAUGCAGCCACUACCCUCUUCACCGCCCCCAUUACCACCUUUACAUAUACCCCUUGACCCAACAGUUGGUCAAAGUAGACCUCAAUCACAAGCUACCGCAACGACAGAUUCUCCCAUUUCUAUGACUGCAAGCGACGAAGAUGAACACAAAUUGACGUUAAUAGAAAGAAGACGCAGACGUAGCCCUCUCUCCAUGCCCAACACGGAUCAAUUGACACUGGCACUCGAUGAAAUGUUAAUUGAAGAGCAACAGCAACAGCAACAGCAACAGCAGCAGCAGCAGCAGUUGCCAGAUAACCCAUCAUGGCGCCAACAACUUCUAGAGCAAACACUUGCCUACUCUUUCAAUGAUCGAUCCAGACAAGAUGCCAUGAUGACAUUGGAGGGCAAAAAGAUGCGUGCAGUAUCCCUUCAACCUAUCGCCCACAUUCGCGAGCUGGAUGACCAUUUUGAGCAACAACCUGAUAGCGCUAUUGUGAGAAACAAAACUCAAUACGAAGCCAUCGUAGCUAGUACGUCGACACAUAAUAGACACCUGUCAUACCAAGUCAAGAAGCAACCUCGCACUUCUUUACGUGCACGGUCUCCCUCUGAGGCAACGACGGUAGAAGUGGAAUCAAAACACCAACAGCAACAACAGCUGGAAAUCAUUACCGAGAACGAGAUUGCCACAUGUCGUACUCCUACAUCUGCCAACAGCAAGUUCCCUGUUGCACACAGCAACACGUUGCUCUUGAAUGCCGCCCCUGAAACUCCACCUUACCACAAACAAACUGCUCCUUCAUUGAUUUCUGCUCCCUCAACGCCAAAUUCAAUCGAUUCUUCAGUCAUUGAACAGGAUGACUAUAUAAAUCAUCAAGUACAACUUUGUCUUUCUCCUGCCUUGAAUGAUACUGCAAAUUAA